UCUCCGGGCCCUGGCGCACCUCCGCCAUGGCCUCCGACAACCUGGAAAUGAUCCUGGAGGAUGGGCCACUCCGGAUGCUGUUCCGCGAGAUGGAGUGCAACGAGGACUGCAACGCCCUGAACGUCUUCUUCUAUGUCAAGAAGAACGAGGUAUGCACCCCGCACACGGUUGUGGCCCAGAAGAACGCAGACGGCAUCUACACCACUGACUUCGAGGGCCAGACCUCCUUCCAGUUCCACGAAUUGGAUCCCGCUAGGCUCUUCGUCUUCAUCAAUAAAAUGGGGUCCAGCGGCACCACCAGCCGCCUCAGCUUCCUCACUGUCAAAUUGAGAGUCAUAAAUGACGACCGGCUGGAGGACUACGCGAGGCUCACGGAGCAGAAUGGGAUCCCGCGGAAGUACAUCCGGCGUGUGGGCGACACAGACACCUGUCCACCCUGAGGACGCCUCCCUUGGAGAAGGUGCCAGAACGUUCUAGACCAUUCCAGAACCGCCCCUCCUGCACAAUGAUUCCUCCCCUGAUCGCCUCACCAUCUCCUCCCACCUGCGAACGCGCUAGUAUGCUCCGGAACAUUCUAGAGCAUUCUGGAUUGAUCCAAGAUGGUCUGGAUUGUUCCAGAAUUUCUAGAAAGCUUCGGAACAUUCUAGAAUCGGCCGUCCCCAGCUUUCUCUGCUUCCUGUUCAUGGAAUAAACUCAUCCCAGGCACAG